UCUCGAGAAAUUCUCCAGGAUGUCAUCUGCCAAAGGUACCGCCAUUGGCAUCGACCUGGGCACCACCUACUCCUGUGUGGGGGUGUUCCAGCAUGGCAAGGUAGAGAUCAUUGCUAAUGACCAGGGCAACCGCACCACUCCCAGCUAUGUGGCCUUCACAGACACAGAGAGACUCAUUGGGGAUGCAGCCAAAAACCAGGUGGCUUUGAAUCCCCAGAACACAGUCUUUGAUGCCAAACGUCUGAUUGGCCGCAAAUUUGGAGAUUCAGUGGUGCAAUCCGACAUGAAGCACUGGCCCUUCCAGGUGAUAAAUGAUGGGGGCAAACCUAAAGUUCAGGUGUCCUACAAAGGUGAGAACAAGGCCUUCUACCCUGAAGAGAUCUCCUCCAUGGUGCUGACCAAGAUGAAGGAGACUGCUGAGGCUUAUUUGGGCUACUCAGUCACCAAUGCUGUCAUCACUGUCCCAGCCUAUUUUAAUGACUCUCAACGCCAGGCCACCAAGGAUGCUGGGGUGAUUGCUGGCCUCAAUGUGCUGAGAAUCAUCAAUGAGCCUACAGCAGCUGCCAUUGCUUAUGGCCUGGACCGGUCUGGUAAAGGUGAGAGACAUGUCCUGAUCUUUGACUUGGGUGGGGGCACUUUUGAUGUCUCCAUUCUCACCAUUGAUGAUGGGAUUUUUGAGGUGAAAGCCACUGCUGGAGACACCCACCUGGGUGGGGAGGACUUUGACAACCGAAUGGUGAACCAUUUUGUUGAGGAAUUCAAGCGAAAACAUAAGAAAGAUAUCAGCCAGAACAAGCGUGCUGUGAGAAGACUUCGAACAGCCUGUGAGAGAGCUAAGAGAACCCUGUCUUCCAGCACCCAAGCCAGCCUGGAAAUUGAUUCCUUGUUUGAGGGUAUUGACUUCUAUACCUCCAUUACCCGAGCCAGGUUUGAAGAGCUGUGCUCAGAUCUGUUCCGGGGCACCCUGGAGCCUGUAGAGAAAGCCCUGCGAGAUGCCAAGAUGGACAAGGCUCAGAUCCAUGACAUUGUCCUUGUGGGUGGCUCUACUCGAAUCCCCAAGGUGCAGAAACUGCUGCAAGAUUUCUUCAAUGGCAGAGACCUGAACAAGAGUAUCAACCCUGAUGAGGCUGUGGCCUAUGGAGCAGCAGUGCAGGCAGCCAUUCUGAUGGGUGACAAAUCAGAGAAAGUGCAGGACCUGUUGCUGCUGGAUGUGGCACCACUUUCCUUGGGGCUGGAGACAGCAGGAGGUGUGAUGACAGCACUGAUCAAACGCAACUCCACCAUCCCCACCAAGCAGACCCAGAUCUUCACCACCUAUUCUGACAACCAGCCAGGUGUCCUGAUCCAGGUAUAUGAGGGAGAACGGGCCAUGACCAAGGACAACAACCUCCUGGGUCGUUUUGACCUGAGUGGCAUCCCUCCUGCUCCCCGUGGUGUCCCCCAGAUUGAGGUGACCUUUGACAUUGAUGCUAAUGGAAUUCUGAAUGUCACAGCUGUGGAUAAGAGCACAGGCAAAGCCAACAAGAUCACCAUCACUAAUGAUAAAGGGCGCCUGAGCAAGGAAGAAGUGGAAAGAAUGGUACAAGAGGCAGAGAAGUAUAAAGCUGAAGAUGAGGCCCAAAGGGAGAAAGUUUCUGCCAAGAAUGCUCUGGAAUCUUAUGCUUUCAACAUGAAAAGUGCAGUGGAGGAUGAAGGCCUGAAGGGCAAGAUUAGUGAGGAAGACAAGAGAAAGGUGCUGGAGAAAUGCCAGGAGGCUAUUUCUUGGCUUGAUGCCAACCAGCUGGCUGAGAAAGAAGAGUUUGAGCAUAAGAGGAAGGAGUUGGAGCAGGUGUGUAACCCUAUCAUUACAGGUCUUUACCAGGGUGCUGGGGGUCCCCCUGGGGGAAGUUCUGGGGCUCAUUCCCAGCAUUCAAGCUCUGGAACAGGCCCCACUAUUGAAGAAGUGGAUUAACUGUACUGUCUUACACCAUUGGACUAUGUUACACUUCUGAGAUUCUGGGAAUUUGGGGAAUCUUUGCUUCCAUUAUGAUUUUCCUCCUUUAAACAUAUAUAAUAUAUGAUCAUUAUGCAAUAUAAUUAUAGACCUCUGUCCUUUUAAUAAGUGUUUCUUUUUUUCUUAUCCUUUCCCAAAGUAGGGGGUGAGUCAGCACUGCUUCCCCUACUUGUGUCGCUGUGUAGUGCACUUGGUCAUAACUCGAAUAUUUUCUAUUUUUAUUUUCAGUAGCUAAUGCUUAGAAUAUAGGAAAAAUAAACUAUCCAAAUGAA